AUGCCCACCGAAAUUAUCGGAGGUCAGAAGGAUGACCUUCACUCUCCGACCCCCGUACCUGUUGUCCCGACCGACGAUUAUGUGUUUCCGGAUUUCCGCCUAAAGCGGACGAUGGACGAUCCGGACAAGACGCCGCUGCUGCUCGUCGCCUGCGGCUCCUUCUCCCCAAUCACUUUCCUGCACCUACGAAUGUUCGAGAUGGCCGCCGAUUAUGCCAAGGCCGGCAACGACUUCGAACUGGUCGGUGGCUACCUCUCCCCGGUCUCAGAUGCUUACCGCAAGGCCGGUCUCGCGAGCGCGGAUCAUCGUGUGGCCAUGUGCGAAUUGGCUGUCGAUGAAGGCUCGAAUUGGUUGAUGGUGGAUACCUGGGAACCCAUGCAGAAGGAGUACCAGCCGACCGCGCUCGUGCUGGACCACUUUGACCACGAAAUCAACACUGUCCGCGGGGGAAUCGAUACUGGAAAUGGCACCCGAAAGCCCGUCCGCAUUGCCUUGCUCGCGGGCGCAGACCUGAUCCACACCAUGUCCACCCCAGGCGUCUGGAGCCAGAAGGAUCUGGACCACAUCCUGGGUAAAUACGGCUCUUUUAUCGUUGAGCGCAGUGGUACCGAUAUAGACGAGGCCCUUGCCAGUCUCCAACCCUGGAAGGAUAACAUCUACGUCAUUCAGCAGCUCAUCCAGAACGACGUGAGCAGCACCAAGAUUCGCUUGUUUUUACGCCGUGAGAUGAGUGUCCGUUACCUCAUCCCUUCUCCUGUCAUUCACUAUAUUGAGCAACACCGGCUCUACGAAGAUGAUGGCACCGCCAACGAGAAGGGCAAGGAGAGGCAGUAG